AGUCCUGACGACUGGACUCCGUAUCGCAACCGACUGGAAUUCGAGUGCGCAGAUUUCAUGUACACUGAAAACCAGAUGUCCGCUGGUGAUAUCAACAAGAUUCUCUACUUGUGGGGAAUCACUCUCGCUGUCCAUCGCGACAAUCCACCAUUUGCCAACUACAAGGACCUGUACAAUACUAUCAACGCAACACUGCUAGGCGAUGUCACAUGGGAAAGCUUCUCCCUGAAGUACAAUGGCGAUAAACCUGCUGGAGAGUGUCCGCUUUGGAUGGAACAGUCGCACGAGGUUUGGUUUUGGGACCCUCAUACCGUCGUCAAGAACAUGCUCGCAAAUCCAGAUUUCAAAGGUGGAAUUGAUUAUACGCCCUACCGUGAAUUUCAGGAGAAGGAUGAGCAACGACACUAUAAGGAUUUCAUGUUGGGGGACUGGGCCUGGCAGCAAGCGGACGAAAUCGCACAGGACCCACAAACGCAUGGUGCGGCUUUCAUUCCCAUCAUUGUAGGCAGCGACAAGACGACGGUGUCUGUCGCUACUGGUCAAAACGACUACUACCCUCUAUAUCUCUUGAUUGGGAACGUUCACAAUAAUGUCCAGCGCGCGCAUCGCUGUUGUUAA